AUGGCAACAAACGCAACCUCCGAAUUCGACAAACAAAAUACCGAAACAGACGAUAUCCCUCAAGGCGGCGACACAGUCGACAACUCCUACGCCACGUCCGGAAAGGAACCACUUCCGGUAGUCACGGACGAGACGCCUGUUGAGCAGCCGAAUGAUCUGAGGAAUCCUGAUUCGGAUGCUGCGCUUGGUAAGCAAUACUCCUCCUCUCAGAACCCCGAUUUCUCGUUGGGAGAUGGCUGGGAAAUGGGUGAUGUGGUGCCUGAGGAGACGGGUGGGUUUGGUGGCAAAGGGAGUAUGCUGAUGUUUUAUGUAGAACAAGAUGAAAAAGAAGCAAUCGACACCUCGAAUGUUUUGAAGGGUGAUAGGACGAGACAUGCGAAGCCGGUGGGGACGUAUAGGGAGCCUGGGGAUGAGGAGGGGUUGCCGAGGAGCGUGUUGAAUGGGGAGGAUGGUCAUAGUGCUACGCGUUAG